CACACCAAGAAAGGGGUGGAUUGAGUUCGAGUCGAGGGCACUCCUUUUAGCUGGAUUUGCACGUGAGAGCUGGAGACUGUGUGCAAUAGUACUGUAAAAGAUUGCCUCGACUGUGAUGUCAGCUACCUGGAAAGCUAAAAAGGGGCCCACUGCCCCAGGGGCUCAGUCCUGUACUGUCAGAUUGUUGGAUGGUUCAGACAUUUUGCUGGAUAUCACAAAAAAGGCUGAUGGACAAGCACUCUUUGAGCAGAUCAUACGAAGGCUGGAAAUCACUCAGAAAGAAUAUUUCGGUUUAGAAUUUGAAGAUGACCACAAAAUUCCGCAAUGGCUGGACCUUACCAAGCCAUUAAAGAAGCAGAUCAAACGCACUCCAUAUAGGGUAACUUUCAAGGUGAGGUACUACCCUCUGGAUCCCAUGGUCUCUAGGCCCAGCAGCAGGACUCACUUUUACCAGCAGGUGAGGAGGGACAUUAUUGAUGGAGUAUUGAGGUGCCCGAACCAACUUGCCCCUAGUCUACUCUCAUACGUUCUACAAGCGGACCUGGGAGACUAUGAGAGCAUGGACGCUGACAUUGAGUACAUGUGUGACGAGAAACUGGUCUCUAAUGAGGACAUCACGCUGCAAGAGGAGAUUUCACAUUCUCACAAGUUGCUCAGAGGUACGAAUCCGCAGCAGUCUGUGAGUGGGUUUCUCCGCAAGGCUCGUGAUAUGGACAACUAUGGUACAGCCUUCCACGAUGUUAAGUACAAGGAUGGACAUUGUAGGGUAGGGAUUUCCCCUAAUGGACUGUCCCUUUACCAGCGCAGUCGGCGGCUAGAGUAUUACGAUUGGAUGAAAAUGGUCGAGGUCUCCUUCAAAGGCAAGAAACUAACGGUCAUCGUCAAAGAUGAAAAGGACCUUGAGAAAUUGCUUGUUUUGGAGAAGGACUCAAGCAAGGCUACCAAGGAACUGUGGAACAUCUGUGUGGUGAAUGCAGGAUUCUACAGCACUCCUAACCACAGAGGCAAAGAAGAGCCUGAAGCUUCUGAUCUACGCAGCCCUGUGGCAAUACCUCCCAACGUGGACAUGUUUGGAUAUCCCAUAGAUUCCCUUGACGAAUCACACGGGGCCAAAUUGAAGAAAUCUCGAAGCCUACCCCGAAAGUUACCCAGUGACGAUCCAGUUCUGAUAGCUGCUAUGUCUCAUCGAGGCUUGGCAAAACAACCAGACCAUUCCGAAGAUACAGACAGUCCAGAUCUGCGAAAGGAGCCUCAAACUGUUGACAACAUGCAGCUUUUCCUGCCUGACAUGCCCCACAUUUUGAAUCAAGAUGAUGCAACCUCAGUCCCCCAUAGGCUGGCUACUAGCCAUGAGCAUACACGAGGAAUUCCCAAUCACUAUGAAGAUAAAUCUCCACAUGCCCUGCAACAAGACAGUUUGGGUAGUAGGUCACAUGAACCACAACAAGACGAGAAUUCUAGGAGAGAGGGGUUAAAGUCCGGGUCUAGUUCUCGUCUCUCAAAGUCGAGUCGUAGUAGCAACUUUUCUCAGGAUGAUGAUAUGGAUGGCUCACUUUUGGACUUGGCAGACGAACUGGGGGAUGAGAAGGAGGAGCUUGUGAGUAUGGCGCCCGAGGGGAGGGAGACAGACAGAGGGAUCGUGGAGGAACCGUACCCCACGAGCAGUCUCCAGAAAUCACCUGCUGUGCUGAACUCACAAACCUUACCGAGAUCGUUCCACUCUCCCGAGCACACUCCCCCAAUAAUGGAUCACCAUCACCACCGCUCCCCAUACAAGGAUGACCACACACACUCACCCAAGCAUAAGCCCGGGGUUUCCCUGUACAAGGCGGAAGAGGCCCCUAGGCACGGUCCUACCGAGCAACAUAAGAUUGGGUCAUCUCAAACGACUGGCCGAGAGCACAAAAAGAAGAAGGAUGGGAAAAAACUUGUGAGACAGUGGGUGCAGGAGCAACGGCUCAGGUCAUUCCAACCAUCACAUAGCUCACAGGACAGCACCAGUAGCAGCAGUAUAGGAGGCAACCUCGAACACUUUCAACCCUCCCCCGAACUACGAGUUUUGCACGCUACACCACCCUCUCCACUCACUUCACAAGGCCCUUCACAACCAUCACAGUUGAUGCAAGGUCCACCUAAACCACCACGAAAUUACUACCCAGAAAGUUCGGAACUAUAUGAUCACAUCUCAUCACACUCAAAGACACUACCCUCACCAAAGAAAGACAGGAGAGCUCCCAAUACCUCUCCGAAUAGAAACAAUGCUUUUCAAAAACCCGAGAGUCCAUUACUGCAGUACAAGUCAAGCGAGGCAAUUUACCCCACUCAAAGUAGAGAAUCUAAUAUUGUAACCUCCAAUUACAAGCAAUCUGAUAUUACCACUGAUCCUAUCCGUGAAGUUGAUGACCUUUUAAAUGAACUUACCGCUAACAACGAACACUUUGUUCAUCCAAGACACACUUCAGGUUCCAAACUGGAGCACCCAUCUCAUGGCGAUGAACCUAACUCUGAGUUGGAGCGAUUCCGUAGAGCAAGCGAUAGUAAAGUUGAACAAGCAAGGCAUAAUCGCCGAGCAUCUGAAAGAAAACUUCUCAACUCCCAGAAAGCUGUCAACCAAUUGUUGUCCGAGAACCGAGAAAGUGACAUUGGUGUGUUUAGUCAUGACAUCGAGCCUCGAAGAAAACACGUUCAAAUUGCUGAGCAUGAAUCUCAAGUCAUUAAUGACAAUUCCCCUUCACUUGUUGAUAACUGGUUUGAUAAGAAUGUUGAGUCUCCAGAGCCGCAAUUACAGGAGGGCACAGAGGAGAACUUGUCGGGGUGGACUGACACACCUCGAGUGACCUCACCCACCGACUUCAAAACUAUAAUGGAUGAAGUAAGGGAGAGUGAAAUGGUACCCCGACCCCCGGCCCACCUUGUAGCACUCUCACAGGAUAUGGAGGCAGAGUGGUCUGAUCUGAGGAGUCCUUCUCCCUCUGGCUUCACCUCCCCGCGUCUACUCCCCCCAUCUAGUGUCUCCUCCUACAGCUCUCCAUUUCAUGCCAGUGUGGAACAUUUACAGAAGAUUGAUCUCAAUGUGACGGAUAAAACUGAGAUGAACAAUUUCCGGCCGUCUAGUGCUACGGCAACACUGCCUCCGGUGAUAGCAAGUUUCCUCUCCAGGGUGCGACAGUCGUCUACAGAACCAGCUGACAGUUCGGACGGAGCUAUUUCACCUCCUCUGGAUGAAACAAGUGAAAGAAAAGCCAGUGUAAAUCAGGCAUCAACUUUGAAACAACAAAGCAACUCUACUGAAGGUAGACAAAAUUCUCGACCCUUGUCUCCACUAGUAGCCGUACCCCCUACUUACGAUUCACCCAGGCUUGUUCGCAUGCAAAUGUCACCCACCAUCAAAGUCAGUCCGCAUACGUUUAAUGAAGAGGAAUCCUCAAAGAAUAACACUCUGAAGAGCACUGAUAUCACACACAGGCAAUGGAUAGAUGAUGAUAAUCACCUAGAAACGAAAAAGUCGAUUAAAACUCCAUCGUUUGUCAGUUCUGCUAACGCGCACCCUUCAACCAAUGGAACUGCCAGUACAAACUAUUACAGUUCCGAUGCUUCAGUUACCAUAACUACCAGUAGCUCCGAUGCAGUUGUGUACGACACACCAAAAGCAGCUCACAAGCAGUACCAAACAAGCCUUGUGUACCCUGAGGUCGUUACUCGAGAGCCAAAUAAACGAUCUUCAUUUAUAGAAAAUGAUAAAUCGACAGGCCUUUUGAAAUACGCGCAAAGAAAUGCGGAUCCACUUCAAGAACAGAAACAGUUUGCACACACUUGGAACACAAACUAUUUUGAUGAACCAGAGACAAAGCAAGUUGGCUACUCCAGUUCACAGCAGCGACGUUCAACGGAACCUACCGUAUUCCUGGGCUCCACUCCCACUGCGUACCGCCCCCCUCCCAGUCCGAGCACUCCGUUAACCCCUAUGUCACAGCACACCCACAGUGAUCUGGCCCCAAAUACAUUUACCUAUCCAACUAGAGUUAACCUGCCUCCUUCACAGAAUCACGAGGUCAUAAAAUCAACACGGUUUCAACAACCACCUCCAUUUACCAGCUCUGGUACUACACAGGGGCAAAAUACACGGCCUGAAACUGGGCAACUGAAGAGCUAUAACCAAGCGAAUCCACGGUCUCGAAACUACAGGCCUCCAUCGCAGGGGGGACAUGUAGGAGGUGAUGUUCGUAGGACACAGACGUUUAGUACCGGUCGAGAUUCAGGAUGGUCCAAUCGCUAUCCACAUGAAGAGCAACGUCCGACAAUAUCACCAAUAAGUGACGACUCGCUGCCAAACUCUCCCACUUAUUUCAUCACUAAUAAUCCUAAUGAUGACAGGGACACACCCUCUCCUGCUACACAGGCCCAAAACGCAUCAUUUCAAGAACAUCUCAAGGAACUGGAGGUGAAAGGGAGUCGUAAAUUGCGAGUGCUUGAUUGGAUGAAACAGUCAUCAACUAAUUCACAAACAAAACGCAGUCAAGAAAAGGCACCGCCUAUGAAAAAAGACACAAACAUGACUGUUCCUACAAAGCCGUACCAGAAACAAGCUCCUGUGUAUGCUUCCAUUGAUGACCUUGAUGAAAAUGCUCACACACAAGAACCAAGAUCUAGUUCUAGGCCUGGAUCAGGCAGACCGACAGGAGUACAGAGAAGUGGUUCCAUACCUGUGUCCGGAAAUAGACAGCCCGAUUCAACGAGACAGAGAGAGAUUGAAACACAGCGAGAGUUUGAGCGUCAACGAAUUAAACUCAGUUCCCAUUCUGCUACUGGAUACGAUAUGGAACAAAGACACAGAGGAAGUGUGCCUUCUCGGCCGUACUCAAGACAGGCAGCUGAUCAAAGGCGUGUUGAGAUGGAGCGACGAGCAACUGUUGCUGAUACAAGGCCGGCCUCCCAAGUACAGAGAAGAGCAAACACUUUUUCUUACCCCAAUUCUCAAUUUCAACCUCCAGUGGCUCAAGGAGGAGGCGGUGAUCCACGAAGUACAAACCGAGCCACUCCCACUUCAAGCACAGGUCCCACGAACAAUCCAGGUUACCCAACAACUAAGUAUUCAGGCAAAGACUAUUAUGUUAUUGAUGUUUAGCAUUGUUGCAGAAUUUUCCCACUACUUGUACAGUACAUGUACGUGUUAUACUUGCUUUUCUA